GCGAAUGUGGCGCGAAUCUGUAUUUUUCCACCCAUCAUCAAGCCAACCGCCAGAUUACAGAAAGCUCUUCACGUCAGAAAGCGAAAGCGUCAUAAGCAGCUGUGUGAAGCAAUGCUAUACGCAGGGGCUGAUUGGGUGGAGAAUGGGAAGCAGAUGGAAGAAGUUUUGCCAUUGAAAUGGAUCGACACAGAGACCAAAGUGGUGCGAUGGCCUCUAAAAAAACGUGUCUGUGGCACAUAAGCACCUUUUACAACCACAAGAGGACUGUAAACCGACAGGAGUGUGAAAAAUAUAAUUACACCUCAGCUCAAACCGAAGAGGAGGACACAGUCAGUCAAAAGAGAAUGAAGAAAAUAAGGACAUUUGAAGAUUAUGUUCAAGAUUUGUCUCCUGAGGAGGAUGAGUCCUUGCCAGACAAGAAAAAGGAGGAUACAGUCUUGCUUCCGGUUCCUCCGCCAAAGAUUAAGCUCUCACAUAGGGGACAAAAUGCAAGGCUGCUCGAGUUACCUGCACCCCCAGAACUGGCUAACACCGCCAUUAGACAACCAGCGAGUCCUGCAUCUUCAGACAUUUCUGGAUGUUCUCGUCCAACGCCUCACCGUUCACCCACAAGGUCUGAAUCAACAGAAGCAUUUAGUCCAGAGUCUGCCAGAUCUAUGGAUCUUGCACACCUCAGCGUGGAGUUUGAAAGCCAUCACAGUCCGGGAGCAGAAAGAGUCGGGCAUCCUCAUCCAGUGUCCCAGCUCUCAAAGGUGGGAGGGAGAAACCAUAAAGACUGCGUCCAUAAAGUGAUGGAGAGGCUUUUCACCAACAAUCUAAUGGCUGGUUUCAACAUGAAGGGGCAGGGUCGCAGUGAGAAAAAAGCCUUCCAGGAUACAGUUUUUUACUCUUUGGUAAAAGGUAACUGCAUUUUUCAUGUUUAUACAGGUGCUUCUCAAAUUAGAAUAUUGAAAAAAGUCAAUUCAUUUUAGGAACUUAACAGGUGAGACCAAUGUAUUAGACUCAUUACAUGCAAAGUGAGACAUUUCAAGCCUUUAUUUGUUAUACAUUUGAUUAUGGCUUACAGCUUAUGAAACCCACAAAUUCAAAAUCUUGCAAAUUCAGAAUAUUACAUCAAAUCGAUAAAGGAAUUUUAAA